AUGUCGCGGCCCGGCGGGGUCUGGGGGUGCGCGGCGGCCAUGGACUGCGAGCAGCUCGACAGCCUGGAAGGCUGGGUGCCGCUGCGCGAGGACCUCUUCCUGGAGCCCGAGCGACGCCAGCUGCGUUUCCUGGUGGCAUGGAACGCCUCGGAGGGCCAGUUCGCGGUCACCUGUCACGAUCUCACGGCGCAGCGGCAGCGCGACCAGCCGGCGGGCGGCGGCGGCGAGUGCAGCUGGGCCGGGCUGCUGUCGCCCGCCGGGUUCCGCGGCGCGCACCGGCAGCUGGCGGCGCUGCGGCCGGCCCUGGAGUACUGCUUCCCGUCGCUGCCACCCGAGCUGGACGCGGCGGGCGGCGCGGGCUGGGGCUUGGGGCGCGGGCUGUGGGCGUUCGUGUGGCCCUCGCAUGCGGACCCCGGCGACGCGGCGCUCCAGGAGCUGUGCCGCCAGCUGGAGAGCUACCUGGGCCAGGCGGCCUACGCCUGCGGCGGCGCCACCGUGCGCGAUGUGCUCUUCCCGGCUCCGGGAGACCCGACUGAUUACGAGGGCCUGUGCGAGUUCCGGGAGAGGACGCUGCGUGCGCGGCUGGAAGGGGCGGCAGCUCGGCUGCGUCAGGUUCUUCAAGAUCACGAAAAAGCCGGCACCAUGGUAGUGUUAAUGAAAGUUUGUCAAGAGGAAGAUGAAGCCUAUCAGGAAUUAGUUACCAUGGCAACCACGUUCUUCCAGUAUUUACUGCAGCCAUUCAGAGAUAUGCGAGAAGUUGCAACCUCAUGUAAGCGUGAUAUUUUGAAGUUCCUGAAUGAGAAUAACCUGGGUCCUAAAAGGGUGGCUGCCCUCCAGAAGGAAGCCAGUGAAUGGACCAGACAGGCUGAAGAAGCAGUGGUCUCUAUUCAAGAUAUCACUGUGAAUUAUUUUAAGGAAACAGUAACGGCAUUAACAGGAAUGCAGAAACAAAUGGAGCAGGAUCAAAAGAGAUUUGGCAAGGCUGCCUGGGCCACAGCCACGCCCAGGCUAGAAAAUCUCCAGCUCAAGUUAGCUCGGGAGACUCUGCAGCUCAUGCGAGCCAAAGAGCUGUGUCUCAACCACAGGUGUGCUGAAAUCCAGAGGAAGGUUAAAGAUCUUCCAAACCAAGGAAAGAAUAUACAUGUUGUAGAUGAGCUAGAAAUACAGUAUUACGAGACUCAGUUGGAGUUGUAUGAUGUUAAACUUGAGAUCCUGAGAAGCGAAGAGAUGAUCCUGGUCACACGGCUGAACUCUGUUAAGAGACUUAUAAAAGAGAAACAGGAUGAAGUGGUCUACUACGACCCGUGUGAGAGCCCCGAGGAGCUGGAGGGCCUGACUCAUGACCUGGAGCUGCACCUGGGUCAGGAUGGAGAGCUGAGAGCACUCAGCCGCCAGUGCCAGCGGCUGGAAGCCCAGCGGGGCCGCAUCUGUGCCAGGAGGGCCCACCUCAGGAACAGAAAGGAUCAAUGCCGAGAAAACCAUCAGCUCAGACUGCAGCAGGCUCAACAGAGUGUGAAACAUUUUCACCAGCACCACAGGGUUCAGAUAAAAAGAGACAAAAUAAAAGAAGAGGAACAAAAGAAGAAAGAAUGGCUACACCAUGAACGUCAGAAAACACUUGAGCGACUAAGAGCAUAUAGGGAGAAGCGUGAAGCUCCUUGGUCUGCACUGAAAAUGACCUGCUCAGAAACCACAGUGCCAGACCAGUCAGGUGGACGCUCUCGGAAGAGGUCCUCAGCAGCUCAUCACAAGAUAGCUCACCCUGCCUCUAGCAAAACUGGAAGUGUUACUUCCUUACCUGAAGCUAAUAUGAAAACCCCUAAGCAUCAAGACACCUGUGGCAGUAUCCCAGUCCAGAUUUUUGUUCCAGUUGGUGACCAGCCACUCUCCCGAUUCAGUGAGGAUCUGUUACUGCCACCACCGCCUCCUCCCCCUCCCCUUCCCCCUCCACCACUGCCUCUCCCUGCUCUGUCCUCUCUUCAAGCUACCACUCAUCAGAAUGUAGGACUCAGGACUUCAGCAACCAAGGACCAGCCGCUCUCUCUAGUGUGCGAGGCGUCUGCUGAAGAACCAUGCGAUUUCCUGGAGGACUUCCAGUGUCCAGGCUCUAUGGAUGAAGUGUUGGCCUCUCUACGGCAGGGCAGGGCCCCUCUCAGGAAAGUAGAAGCACCUACCUUGUCCCCUCCCUGCACCUCCAUUGGUGAACAAAUUCUGGCUGCCAUCAGGCAGGGGGUGCAGCUGAAGAAAGUCCACCCAGACAUGAUGGUAGAGCCCAGCAAGAAGCACACCAACGACCUGGAGGGGAGCAUCAGGGCAGCCCUGGAAAGAAUCAAGAAAGUCUCUGCUACCGACUCAGAGGACAGUGAUGAGCAGAGCCCUGGCGAGUGGGACCGCUAGGGUCUCCAGGUGACAAAGGCAGACUGGCCCAUGAACUCUAAGACUACUCUGUGGCCUUAACACUGGAGAGCAGUGGAGGUGUGGUUCCUGUCACUCCCCACAGGGGUAGGCUGGCUGUGGGAGCAGUCCACCCUAGAGGCACUGUGUGAGCUAGAGGUGCAGCCUGUGGUACAUAUUAGACAGUGUGCUUCCAUGUGUGUGAACACUAGUUCCUCAGACUUAAAGGCUUGAAUGUGAACGUGAUUUUAGCAAUAAUCAGAAUAAGUUGCAUAUAUUCCAGAAUUACUUUAAAUAUUUAAAUAAAACUUAUUUUGUGUAUCAGCACUACAGAAACUCAUAAUAAACAGUAUUUAUAAUGCA